AUGUGGGUGCCUGAUGCAAAUUCUCUUUUGCAACUAGGCAUGCUUCUGAAGAGCUCAAUGGCUCAAAAUCACGACGAGCGGAGCCAAGCAAUGGACGCUCUAAAAAGCUUUGAACUGCAACCGGAGUUUCUGGAUUAUCUGUGCUAUAUGUUGAUAGAGGGCGAAACGAACGAGACACUCAGGUCACAUUUCUCCGCAGAGGACUUACAAACUAACAGAGCUACAGCAGGUCUUCUGCUCAAAAAUAAUAUGCUGGAGCAAGGUAGUCUGAUUCAUGGGCAGCAUAACCUCGAAUACGUUAAAAAAAAUAUUAUCCAUGGCCUAUAUAACAGCAAUAACGUUUUGGUGUCGAAUGUCACCGGUAUUGUCAUCACGACCCUGUUUUCAACCUAUUACAGACAACAUCGUGAGGAUCCUAUGGGUAUCGAGCUUCUUUCGCAACUGCUGGAGCUGGCUAAAAAGGGUAAUGAAGCCAGCAUUAAAGCUCUUUCCAAAAUCAUGGAGGAUAGCGCGCAAUUUUUCCAGCUCAAAUGGAGCGGCGAUAUCAAACCUAUCGAGUUGCUGAUCGAUACAUUUCUCAACUUUGCAUCAGAUCCAUCAUCAAAGACAGUGAUUAGAGCUGAGUCCAUCAAGUGCUUAAACAACAUCAUACCAUUGCAAUCACAGAGCUUUUUGGUGAGGUUGGACGAAUUCUUGGCGAUUAUCUUCAAAUUGGCACAAAUUGAUGAGAGCGAAUUAACCAGAGGACAAAUAUGCGUCGCCUUUUCAAUGCUUCUUGAAUCCAGGCCAGACAAACUCAUCGAUCAUCUUCCAGGUAUUAUAAAAUUUAUGUUGCACUUAAUAGGUACUGUAGAUGAUGAGAAAGUUGCCAUUGAAGCAUGCGAAUUUUUACAUGGUUUUGCCACAAGUUCACAAAUCCCAGAACAUAUCGUUCAGCCUUACGUCAACGAUAUAGUUCCCGUGCUGCUGGCCAAGAUGGUCUACAACGAGGACUCUAUUUUGAUGUUGGAAGCUUCAAACGAAGAAGACGCUUUUGAAGAGGACAAGGACGAAGAUAUCAAACCAGUGGCACCCCGCAUAGUGAAGAAGAGGGAUGGUGAUGAUCAAAGCGAUGACGAAGAUGGCGAUGACGAAGACGUGGACACCCAAUGGACCUUGAGAAAAUGCUCAGCUUCAACCCUAGAUGCCCUGACAUCCAUUCUACCAAGAGAUGUAAUGACUGUGGCUUUUCCCUUUCUUAGGGAGCAUUUGACCUCCGACAGAUGGUAUAUUAGAGAAGCGACUGUUUUGGCAUUGGGUGCUAUGGCGGAAGGUGGAAUGAAGUAUUUUGAUGACCAGUUGUCUACUUUGAUUCCUUUUCUUGUGCAGCAGCUGAAGGACAUUUGGGCACCAGUGAGAAAAAUAGCCUGCUGGACCUUGAGCAGGUUCUCACCGUGGAUAAUGAACGAUCAUACCGAAUUUUUGAUCCCUGUCUUGGAGCCAAUCGUCAAUACUUUGAUGGAUAAGAAAAAAGACGUGCAGGAGGCCGCCAUUAGCAGCGUCGCUGUGUUCAUUGAAAAUUGCGAUGCAGAAUUGGUGGAGACACUUCUUUACAAUGAUUUGCUAAACAGCUUCAGCAAGUGUUUUGAUUUUUACAAGAAGAAGAAUUUGAUUAUUCUUUAUGAUGCGGUAGGAAGAUUUGCUGAAAAGUGUGAGCUUAAUGAUCAUGCAAUGCAAGUCCUACUUCCACACCUCAUUUCUAAGUGGUCAUCUUUGCCAGAUGACGACAAAGAGUUGUGGCCGCUGCUGGAAUGUCUGUCGUAUGUUGCCACCUCUCUAGGUGAAAAGUUUAUGCCAAUGGCCCCUGAUGUCUACAAUAGGGCUUACAGAAUUUUGUGCCAGUGCGUGGAGUUAGAAACGAGAUCACAACAUGAUCCUACGGUUAUUGUCCCAGAGAAAGAUUUCGUUAUAACGUCCCUUGAUAUGAUAGAUGGUCUUGUUCAAGGUUUGGGGCCUCGAUCUCAAACUCUUCUCUUCCCGCAAGAAGGAAGAGACACGACACUUUUGCAAGUUCUACUCCGUUGCUUGCAGGAUCCAGUGCAUGAAGUCAGACAAAGUGGUUUCGCACUUUUAGGUGAUAUUGCCUAUUACUAUGAGCCAAGAGUUCUCUCUAAUUCCCUACCUGAAUUUUUACAGCUCAUUGGCAGCGAAAUUAUGCACAACGAUGAUCCCGAUGGUAUCCCUGCUUUGAUUAAUGCAAUUUGGUGCCUAGGUCUAAUCGGCGAACGAAUGAAUUUGAGCGAUUAUAUAAUACACUUUGCUCGUAUUCUUUUGGACCUGUUCACAAACUCGGCACAGCAGCUCGACCAGGCUGUCAAGGAGAAUCUGGCUGUCACAAUUGGACGCUUAGCGAUCACUACACCCGAGGUUUUUGCUUCUGGUUCAUUCGCAUCAGAUCUCGUCUGGCGCAAGUGGUGCCUAGCGCUGCAAAACUUGGACUCUCGAGAAGAGAAAAGUAGUGCUUUUAUGGGUUUUAUCAAAAUAAUUAAUCUCUGCGGCAACCAGGUCUCAGUGUCCGAAGAGACAUUGAAGAAGAUUAUAGAAUGUAUGUCAGCAAACGUUGACACAACUGCCUUUUCUCAAGAUUUUUAUGCAUUCUUGGUCCAAUAUGCUAGCAAAAUCCAAGGAAUACAUCUCACGUCAGAUGCGCUAGCAUUCCUUCAACAGUUCAGUAAUUAG